UGGGAACAGUCAGUCACAUGACAGAGUGCACUUCCCACAUCAUCCAGUGACUACUGACCGACUGCCUUUUUAGGAAUGCGCUAACAGUUAAUAUUUUUCGAUUAAUCAGCAGGGUUAAAUUCGGUGAAUGGUGACAUAAACCUUAAGAAUGCUUUCUCGUUUGCUUAAGGAACACCAAGCGAAGCAAAACGAAAGGAAAGAACUCCAAGAGCGACGCAGGCGAGAGGCGAUCACAGCUGCCACAUGUCUGACUGAGGCUCUGGUGGACCACCUGAACGUUGGGGUGGCCCAGGCCUAUGUAAACCAGCGGAAGUUGGAUAACGAGGUGAAGACCCUGCAGGUGCAGGCCAGCCAGUUCGCCAAGCAGACGGCCCAGUGGAUCAGCAUGGUGGAGGGCUUCAACCAGGCUCUGAAGGAGAUCGGUGAUGUGGAGAACUGGGCCCGCAGCAUUGAGAUGGACAUGAGGACCGUCGCCACGGCGCUGGAGUACGUCCACAAGGGCCAGCUGCAGGCCGCCGCCUCCUCCUAGACCCGCGCCAUGGCCACCAGCCCACCAAUCAGAGUUAACUUACGCAACUGCAUGCAUUUCAGUCACGCCCACCGCCUGAACCAGUUAACAGCUCAACUGUUGCCAACCGCCAUCAGUGGGUAGGAGGAUCCUGAGGGCUUUGCUUUAGCUGCUGGUGUGACCAGGCUCAUUGGUCAAUCGUAAGCCUAUUAGAGUGAUGUAAUUGUACUCGUGCUUGCAGCAUUGAGUCUUUUGAGUAAACUAAAGUCUUCUGGAAAGUUCUCUGAAAUCAACUCCAAAGACAACAUUUUUUAAAUUCUGUGCAGCACACAAGUGCAGAAAUGGCAAUGCAUCCACUCACAGGCGGUGACGUGCAAAAUGGCGUCCCGUGUUUUCGCUCAGAUCCUCUGUUGCUUUCGGUAAUAAUUUGCCAUCCCGCUCACUUAAAAUAGUUUUAUAUCUGAAUCGCAGGUGUGAGAAUUCAGUCCUGGAGGGCAUCAGUGUCUGCUCAACACCAGCGAUUCAUCCAAGUCAUUUAAGUCACUGGUCAACACUUCAUCUUCUCAAGACCUUAAUGAGUGACAGGAAACUGCAAAUACCUGCCGACACUGCAGCUCUCCAAGACAACAGCUUGACAUCUCUAACAUCACGUGCUGAUUUUCCCAAAUUGGUAAAGAUAUUUAUGACCCAUGGCCUUGUCAGUCUAAUAUGUUCUAAUAUAGAGUUAUGUGAAAAGUAUUGCUUUUUAAUAAUAUUGUCAAGUAAAGUGUUUCAAUAAAGUGUUUCAUAAAUAUAUGACAAUAAAUCAACAUUGUACCUUUA